AUGCAAGUCUCCCACCUCCUUGCGCAACCUCGGGUGUCGAGCGCAAGAUCCACCACCGAAAGCAUCGAAGGCCGUGCUGCGGGCCACCACCACAACUCGAGGCAUUCUGUCUCAGACUACGAUAUGCUUGCACAGGAACGUGACUCCAGCAUGAUGGGCGUCUAUCCUAGUACGGAGACGGCCUCAGCGCACGAUUCUCUAUCGCCCUCCAAGCAGGUGCCGUCCAAGCAGGUCAGCUUUGAGCUUCUGCUUCCUCAGUCCCCCCAGCACCGGGCUCGACUGCCAAUGAGGGUGAACAUCUUCCCUCACGAUACGACUGAUUCGAUCAUUACAACGGUCAAGAAUUUCUACGGACUGUAUGAGCGCAGGGGCGUCAUCUUUGAGGACCGUCAUGGCAACAUCCUGAUUGCGAGGUAUGAGAACUUCGACCAUGGCAUGGUCGUCUACGUACGAGUCUCAACAGAAGAUCCUGAUGCAGAUGACUACUCGCCUGCCCCUCGCCAGCUGACAGUAUCUCCUCGUCGUCCUCAUCACCUCUUGGAAGACGGCUUCCAAAUGCUCCCACCAAACCUCAACCAGCAGCUUGGCUCAAGGGCAGGCUCGCGCUCUGGACGUCAGAGCCAGUCCCCACACCCUCGCGGUAGGAGGAGUGCUUCAGCUGCAACCCACUCUCGACGCAACCGCCCAACUGUCAAGAGUCGUGGAAACAGCUCCCAUGGUAGCUUCGCUGAACAGCACGGCGAGUACAGUGACAGCGAUGGCGACGGCUCUGUUACCAGCUCGCGCCGCUCUCGUAAAGAGCCUCUGGCAAGCGCUGACAUCAGUGUCGAUAACAUUGUCGAGGGUGGUCGUCGCAAACGAGCGAAGUUUGACAGCUCCGAGCUACCUCUUUUCGUUCCUCCUCAGGUCCCAAUGACCAACUCCAUCUCGUCCGUCUCUCCUCAGCGCCGAAUCAGCGGUAACGUGGCCGGUUCACCAUACUCUAUGAACAACCAGCAGACAUUCUCAUACUCGCACCCGCUUCCUUCGCCGCAGAGCUACGGCCAGGGUGACAGCUCAUACAUGUCGAAUGGGCUCGUUACGCCGUACUCAAUGUCCAGUGGUACAGCAGGAUACAAGCCACGCCAGUACACGCACCGCUACUCCAACAGUGGUGGAGUCCUGCCAACGCCUGAGCACACUCUGAGUGUCAUCUCUGACGAAGAUGUCGCCCGCCAGCUCAUGCGUCUAGGAGAUGCUUCCAACUUCUCCACACACGGUCGCACCUCCACCUCAACUCUCGACGAUACCUUCAGCGGCAAGGCUGAUGCUGCUUCCUCCAGCGAUGAGAGCGACGACGGUAGCCACAAUGGCAGCGAACUUCCUCCUCUGCCAUACACAAUGGAGCGAGCGAACAACCCUGCCCGUGCUUACGAUAAUGGAUUCAGCAGUGGCGAUGAGUACGACGACAACAAUGACUCCUUUAAGGGAGAGAGCGACGAUGUCGUGCUUGAUCAGCAAAACGACGCCCGAGUCCAGUUCGGCGUGCCAAAGGUCCGCUCUUCUGUCUUGGCUAAGCCUGGCAAGCCUGCGAAGCCACGCACGCUCUCAACCAAGUCCAAGGCAAAGACCAACGGCACCACCAAGCCGCCCAUGUCUCCGACCUCACUGCCUUCGCAGUCGCGCAAGGCGUCAACUGCCUCACUCAACUUUCAGCAUCAAUUUGGUGCUGAUGACGAGGACCUUUCGUCCAAACCACGUUGCCAACGAUGCCGUAAAAGUAAGAAGGGUUGCGAUCGUCAGAGACCUUGCCAGCGUUGCAAGGAUGCCGGCAUUGGUGCCGAGGGCUGUGUCAGUGAGGACGAGGGCAAUGGUCGCAAGGGGCGUUAUGGACGCCACAUGGGAGUGUCAGUCAAGACAGCUCCAGCUACAACCUCCAUGGGCCCGCCGCCCAUGCACGAGCACCACAGCAUGCCAGUCGACGCUUCACACUUUGCGCUCACUGCCAGCGCUCUCGACAAGAGCAAGAAGCGCAAGAGGUGA